AUGCGGCUUUACGAGGAAAGCACCACGACCUACGCGCUGGCCCUCGGCAAGGACGCCGCGCUGGUGGGGGUGGAGCUGAUCAAGCUCGGCCGGGCCCAAGCCCUGUGCGGCGAGCUCGCGCUCGCCCACCAGACCUACACCCGGGGGCUGGACAUCGUCCGGCGGCACUUCGGCCCGGACGGCGCGCCGGUGGCGGAGGGGCUGACCUGCCUUGGCGCGCUGCUCGUGCAGCGCCUCGAGCUCGACGCCGCGGUCGCGGCCUUGCAGGAGGCGCUUCGCAUCCGCCGCCUGGCCGACCCCCAGGACCCCCAGCUCGCCUACCUCUACCAGAAAACCGCCGAGGCCUGCGCGAUGAAGCGGGAGCCCCAGGCCGAGGCCUACUUCCUCCUCGCCAUCGAGGCCUACCACACCAACGCGAAGACCGAGCCCGUCCAGCGGACCUACGCCAGCGACGUCCUGGACGACCUCGGGCUCUUCUACGUCGACUUCCAGCACUACGACAAGGCGGAGCGCUGCUUUAAACAGGCCCUGGACCUCCGCCUCGAGCUGCUGGGCGACCACCACGCCACGGUGGCCUACUCCUACAGCAAUUUCGCCCUCCUGUACCUCCUUCGCGAGGCCCUCGAGGACUGCGAACGGAUGGCCCGCGCCGCGCUCGAGCUCUACGCGAAAACGGCCCGAACCAACACCCUCGCGCAGGCCGACGUCUACACCGUCCUCGGGCAGUGCCUGCACAAGAAGAAGGCCCACGCGGCGGCCCUGGAGAGCCUGGAAAAGGCCCUCAACCACCGCCGCCUUCACGGCGAGUCCGCCGAGCAGGCCGUCGCGGAGUCCCUCAACUACAUCGCCCGGGUGCUGCUGGCGAUGCGGCGCGUCGGCCGGGCCGCCGCGCACGUCCGCGAGGCCCGGCGGAUCGCCUUCCGGCUGAACCAACUCCUCACCGAGGCCCUCCGCGCCGAGAUCGAAAAGACCGAGCGGAUGCUGCCCCCGCUCGAGGAGUGGACGGCCGCGGACCACGCGGAGGCGGGGGAUCCCCCCUCCCCCCUCCCUGACCCGAACGCCGAAGCCCCCAAAGAGGCCAGCGAAAAGGAAAGCCCGGGUCCGCCGGGUUGA